UGAACCAGCUCACAGUGGUUACGAGUAGCAUUACGUCAUGCUUGUGCCAUUAAUGCCUUUGGGGUGGCAUGGAGGGGACAUCGACGUAUACGCCAAGCCCUACAUUGGACGUCGACCAUAUGAAAAUACGAUCGGCGAGGUAAAACCUCGUUUUUAAUCAACGUUAUUGCGAUGGAUAACGAACAAAACUGGUUUGACAAAUUUACUGUUAUUGUGGAACAGAAUAUUAGAGGUGUACAGAUUGGCAUAUAUUCUGUGGGAGUGAUCGGACUUGUUGUGGCCUUGAAAAGUGUGCGACCGUUCUCACGCUUUGUAAGGCCUCAAGACAUUCCAAAAACCUUUGUGGAACGCCAUGUGCCGUUAAAGGGGCGAGUCUUAGGGGUAGAACUAGGUGGUCCAGCUACACCACCAUUGCUAAUGGUGGAUCAUCAACCAAUUAUAUCCCUUACACGGCAGUCGUCAUCUUGUCUACCUGUACAUAUUGCUGGUGUCGACAUUUCUGGCAAUGGAAUUUCUUGGAUGCAGUCUGUACUGGUUGGAGAUCAAGUGAAGUUCACACCACUGAAAGUUAAUCCAAGCAGUGUUAGCUGCAUAGUGAAAGCUUCGAAAGGUGAUGUGGCUGUAGACCUCGUUUCAGUGGGAUUUGCAACAGUGUCAGCAUUGGACUUCACACUGGAAAAAGAUCCGCUUUACAUCACAUACUACAAAAGACUUUUGAAGACUGAGAAACAGGCAGAGCGUAAGGGGCAUGGUAUGUGGGCCACUAACAGCACAUGGUUCCAACGGAUAUGGAGAAAGGUCAGUGCAAGACUACAGCCAAGACUGUUGCUACCAGUAGUGUUACGGCGCUCUUGAAUAAGCUUCCCAUCCAGUUCCUAAGAUGAUACUAUGUUGCUACUGGUUGUGUGUAGAAAAUUUAACCAUAAUUGUGUUCAUUGAUGUGUCAUUAUGGCUAUCCAGAUUAUAGUCAACAGCAGGUAGCUACUGAUAAUAGUAGUGACAAAACAGGAAAUCUGUUAAUUAACAUUAAAACAAGAAUGAAUGGAGUAAGGCCAAGAGCCACACAAAUUUUUAAAAAAGGCUGCAUCUCUUUUUUUCAACAUUUGUAAAAAUUCCUUCAUUAUUAUGGUGAUUCAAAACUGAAUUAGGAAAGAGUAUAUGCAUAGGCACUGAAGCAGAAAGAAAAAGGGGGAGAGAGAGAGAGAGAGAGAGUAGUGCAUUUAUUCUGUGAUACAAGUGUGUCACAAGAUAAAAUUGUAUCUUUCCUGGGUUAGGUUUUGCAGAAACACUGCUGUGUGUGUGGCUCUCACUCCACUUGGUCUUGUUUUCCCAUGUGAUUAAUAGACGUUUCUCUUCUGUCACACACAUCAUCAUGUUUGUACUUAUUAAUUUUAAUUUUUUUAUGCAGCAUUGAAGAUGGCGUAUUGAAGUAAAAAAAACAAAAGCAGGUUCAAAUCAAAGGGAAGAGGUAACAGUUUCAAAAUAGCUAUGUAUUGGUAUUAACAUGUGUCAAAGUGGUUGUACAUAGUUUCAAAUAUUAUUUUUCAUUGUUAUUUAUACCACUGUGGAUACAUUAUGUAAAAUUUUAAUUGGACAAUAAAAUUUUGUACAAUUUUCUGUACUGAUACUGAUUUGACUGAUGACAGUGUAGUGCAUAUUUCUGACUCUUUUAUUGUAAAUGGAAUAACCAUUGUGGCAGAAUCUUAUAUCUUGCUACAAACAUUAGCAGUUUACGCUGUUGUCUGAUAUACUAUACAGUUCUUAUAUUUGAUGUAACACAAUUAAAAACUGUUCUUAUUCCAGAGCCUUGUUUAUUUCCUAUGUUAUCAUGACAUAAGGAGUAACUGUCACUCACUAAAUUGAAAAUAAUGAAAAAAGUCAAAUUAAUCAUGUAAUCGGUUAACAAGACUUUUGAUCAUGGUGCUUCUUUUAUAAAAACACAUUUGUGCCUUAGUGAAAGAUUGUGCAGGUUGUGAAUAUGUAAUAUAUGUCAAUUUGCCAGUGGUUAUUUUGAUAAUUGGGAUGUAUAUUCUGUAAAUAAAGUGUUUUCUCUUGAAACAA